GUUGAAAAGAGGAAAUAGGAGGCAGAGAAAAAGAGAGAGAAGGGAGAUUUGGAUUAGGUGUUGCGCAGCCGCAGACAUGGCCAUGGCUCUGGUCAGCCUCAACACGCUUCUCACACCGCCUUCUUCUUCUUCUUCAGCUUCGUCUUCUUCGUUUUCUUCUCCUAAACCUUCUUCUUCUUCUAACUUUGCAUCACCUUUCAUCGUUGGCUUUCGCUCUCUCACUCCACUUCCACGCUUUCGGAGGCACCUCGUACGUAUGGCUCCAGAGGAGGAAAAGAUGACUCGCCGUUCACCUCUCGAUUUCCCAAUCGAGUGGGAAAGGCCUAAGCCUGGACGAAGACCUGAUAUAUUCCCUCAGUUUAGUCCUAUGAAGACACCUUUGCCGCCUCCAAUGCCUGCAGAUCCUCCAGAAGAGGAUGAAGAUGAGGAAGAAAAGAAAGAGGAAGAGGAAGAGCCUGAAAAGGAGGAGCCAGAAAAGCCAGAAAAGCCAGAAAAACCAGAGAAGCCAAUUGGUAUAUAAACAACUAGUAAUGAUUUCUCCAGUUAUCCUUGAUAUGUCAAAGUAGACUGCAGAUUGCUGAAGUUAAAGUAGGGUAUUACAUGAAUGCCUAUAGGCAUGAGAUAUUUAGCGUUCUUGAAGUAUUUCUAGACGGCAUGUGCCCUUAUAUGAGUUAUAUAGGUCAUGCAAUUGCUUUCAACACCCAAAAAUAAGAAACAACAAUUUUGUGCAACGGAUAUAUUUUUAGGCAGUAUUUCC